AUGAAUUUAAAUUUUUCUCGCACUCUUUUAUGUAUAAGUUCCAAUCUUAUAACAAAUAUUAACCGUUCAUUGAAAAAGAGGACUUUUCCUUAUAGGCCUCGUUUGAAAGAUUUGAGGAUAAACCCUAUAACUAAAGUAGUAGAUCGUGAUUUGACCCCAGAAAAUAGUGAAUUUUUAAAUAAAUUGGUUGAAAAUUUAAAUUCUACUAAUACUAAUGAUCUUAGCCCUCUUAAAGAAACACCAUGGGCAAAAGGGGAAUGGUUUCCAGGAGUAAAACGUUCUGGUGUUAUUGCUAAAAAGAUUGGACAAUUUCCCCAAUGGUUAAAAAAUGGAACAAAGGUGUAUGUUACACUACUGCAAGUACACGAUAAUCAUGUUAUAAAUUACCAACCUCCUGACGUCUUAGCACAAUCCCAUUCUUGCAAAGAUUACUGGAAGGGUAAAUUUGGGUCUUUAGUAGUUGGGACUCAAACUUCUGAUCCUAGAAUGUUUAGCCCUGCCUAUAAUGGUUUAUUCGAACCUUCAGGCUUAACAAGUGCUCCCAAGGCCAAAUUAACCCGGUUCAUUGUUUCCCCUCAAGCAGCAAUACAACCCGGCACCCCACUGAAUGUCAAUCAUUUCAAAGUGGGUCAUUACGUUGAUUGCGAAGCUAAAACAAUAGAGCACGGAUUUCAAGGCGUGAUGAAAAGGUGGGGAUUUAAAGGUGGCCCAGCUGCGCACGGCAAUACCAAAUCUCAUAGAAGACCCGGUUCUUUUGGUGGCGGGAAGAGGGGCGAUAGAAAAUCUCCAGGAACGGUUCACAAAGGCACAAAGAUGGCUGGUUUAAUGGGAGGACGCCGUAGAUGUACUCGAGGACUCAGGAUUUGGAGAAUAAACACGAAACACAAUGUAAUGUACAUCCAUGGAUUCGCUGUUCCUGGUCCCAUUAACUCUUUUGUUAAAGUUUUUGACACUAGAAUAUACCUCAAGUCACCUCGCCAAAAAGAAGAUGCUCCUCCUUUCCCAACAUUUUAUCCUGAGGAUGCAAACACAAAUCUUCCGGAAGAGAUUAUACAUCCUGAUUUAUUUGAUUUCGAUGAUUCAUCCAUAAAUUUUAAAUCAUAAAUUUCGCAU